AUGCAAGUCGGCAGAUGCGAGAUCAGUAUGGAGUGCCUGAGUUCAGAAUCAAGUGCAGUUUGUGACAAUCAAGCUACCAGUAACAUCAGAAAUUCCAAACCUAAAAACGAUGCAUCGAAGCAAAAGAAAACAUCCAUAAAGUCACAUCACCAUUGCAGUCACAAACAAAACAAUAGUGGUUGCUGCAAAACUGCUUGUAAACCCGACGUUCUACGAAAUCUUUCAACCGUAAUUCAAAACUGGAAGCUGGGUGAUAAAGCUCCAUGCCACAAAACAACAAAUAUUGAAAGCACUUUUAAAAACAUUGAGAAACGAAUCAUUCAUGGAAGUGUUGAAAAGGUUUCGCCUCAUUUUCAGGCUCCUGGGGGUGGACUAGCUUACCCAAAAGAGACCAAGUUUAUUUUUCAUUAUCAAAUUCGUAAACUGGAUGAAGACCGUACCGUGAUUGAUGAUACCCGUAAGUAUGGGAAAACGAUGGAGGUGUACUCGGGAAAAGAAUUCCAACUGGAGUUUUGGGAACAAUGUUUAGGAACUAUGUUGCCCGGUGAAGUUUCAUCAUUUGUUGUACCACCUGAAAGAUUGGCAUCAUUUCCAGCUGUAAAUAAAAAACUCCGUGAUUAUAUGUUAAAUAAAAAGGAUCAUUCUGCAAAACACUGUUGUGGAUUAAUGAGCUUACAAGAGCAAGGUGGUUUGGGCUACCCAGAUCUGGACGAGUUGAUGAUGAAACCUGAAGCACUUGAAUUUAUUUUUGAUUUAGUUAAAGUUGAAAUUCCAGGCACUGGUAGUCGUAAAGAAACAUGGAUAAUGACGCCUGAAGAAAAAUUGGAAACUGUACCAGUUUUACGUGAAGAAGGUAAUCAGUUGUAUAACCGUGGGGAGUAUAAUAAGGCUGCUGCAUGUUAUAGUGAAGCGUUAGGCAUUUUAGAACAAUUAGGUUUACGAGAAAAACCAGGUGAACCUGAGUGGAUUGAAUUGAACAAGUUACAAAUACCAUUAUUCGUUAAUCUUGCACAAUGUCAAUUUAAAGAAAAAGACUACUAUGCUGCAAUAAAAAAUACUACUGAAGCCUUAUCACGAGAUCCUACAAAUGUAAAAGCACUCUAUCGCAGAUCUAAGGCGUAUAUAGAAACUUGGGACUUUGAUCUAGCUGCUGAGGAUCUACGUAAGCUGGCCAUUUGUCGUCCGGAAAUGAAGAACACAGUCGAAAAUGAACUAAACAUUAUCGAGGCUAAACGUGUCGAUGAAGAAAUCAAAGGAAGAAAAAAACUAGCUGGCAAACUCUUCGCUUCUCCAAAGUCAAUCCCAUAA